AGAGAAAGGGAGAGCGAAAAAGGGGAAAAGAGAGAGAAUAAGAAUAUGAAUAUAUCUUUUAAUUAAAAAAAUAAAAGCAGUGAAUGAAAGGACCAGCGCAGGCAAGGCUCCAUUGUGUUCAGCCGAAUAAGGAGAGAGGGAGGUGAGAUUUUUGGGGCCCUUCUCCCCCUUAUCUCUCGGCCUCCCCCGAGAUGUGCUGCUGCUCUCCCCUCCUGCUGCCAGCCUUGAAAUGGCUUCAUUUCUUCUCUUCAGGAGAAUGAAUCGAUCCUCCCCAGCCUUCUCUUCCUGUUCCCCACCUCCUCUAUGCUCAGAGUCCUAGAGGAGGGGGAAGGAAAAGAUUUCGCCUCCGUGGAGUAUCGUGCACGUUUGGGAGUUGCUGGGUUUGCGCUUUGAGAUUUUUCUAUUAAAAAAAAUCUUUUUCUAUUUGCAAGGGGACAGAAAUAGUUGCAUUUCCUCCCCAUUUUAGGGUUUUGAUUUCCAUUUUUUAUCAAUUUUAAAAUUGCAUGCCCCAUUGUGCCGCGCACCCUACCCGGUAGACCUGCAGGGGUGCCAGGGAGAUUUGAACGCGCCGCCCGCUCUCCCUGCAGCUCGGAAAAAGACGACGAGCAUCCUUCUCGCUCCUGGCGCGGGGACUGCAUUCUUGUGCAAAAGGACAUGCGAGCAGCGGCCGCCGGACUCCUUUCUUAUAGGACUCCAUGAACCUGGAUUGUGCAUCAAACCCACGCGGACUCACACUGUGGAAUGAGAAUUGGACUCCGCUGCUCCCCAGCGCGGCAUUUUAACUCUCUCCAGCAGAUGCCACCUCCUUUGCUUUGAACAUUUUGGGAUCUCCACGCGAGAGAUUCAUUUACCUGAGGAAACGAGCCGAAUUGUCUCGGCAUCCUUGAAAUACCUCCAGACACGCGCGGAUCACGUGGGGGAACCAACAGCAGUAAAGCCACUGAAAAGACUCCUUGGGAAAUUCUUCCGUAGAGCAACUUCGGUGGAAGUUUUCACUGGGCAAAAUGGGGGAACAACCCAUCUUCAGCACUCGAGCUCAUGUCUUCCAGAUUGACCCGAACACAAAGAAAAACUGGGUUCCCACCAGCAAGCAUGCAGUUACGGUGUCCUACUUCUAUGACAGCACAAGAAAUGUGUAUAGAAUAAUCAGCUUAGAUGGCUCAAAGGCAAUAAUAAAUAGCACCAUCACCCCAAACAUGACAUUCACUAAAACAUCUCAGAAGUUUGGCCAGUGGGCAGACAGUAGGGCAAAUACUGUCUAUGGUUUGGGAUUCUCCUCUGAGCAUCAUCUUACAAAAUUUGCAGAAAAGUUUCAGGAAUUCAAAGAAGCUGCUCGAUUAGCGAAGGAGAAAUCCCAAGAGAAGAUGGAGCUCACGAGUACGCCCUCCCAGGAAUCAGCAGGAGGGGAUCUUCAGUCUCCUUUAACACCAGAAAGUAUUAAUGGGACAGAUGAUGAAAGAACUCAUGAAGUGACACAAAACUCAGAACCAAGGGCUGAACCAACCCAGAAUGCAUUGCCAUUUUCACAUAGCUCAGCCAUCAGCAAACACUGGGAAGCUGAACUGGCCACGCUGAAAGGUAACAAUGCCAAGCUCACAGCCGCACUGUUGGAGUCCACUGCCAAUGUCAAGCAAUGGAAGCAGCAGCUUGCCGCCUAUCAGGAGGAAGCCGAGCGCCUGCACAAGCGGGUGACUGAGCUGGAGUGUGUGAGCAGCCAAGCAAAUGCGGUCCAUACACACAAGGCCGAGUUAAAUCAAACAAUACAGGAACUAGAGGAAACGCUGAAGAAGAAAGAGGAGGAAAUAGAAAAAUUGAAACAAGAAAUUGAUAAUGCCAGAGAGCUACAGGAACAGAGGGACUCACUGACUCAGAAACUACAGGAAGUAGAAAUUCGAAACAAAGACCUGGAAGGACAACUCUCUGACCUAGAGCAGCGUCUGGAGAAAAGUCAGAAUGAGCAAGAAGCUUUUCGCAAUAACUUGAAGACACUUUUAGAAAUUCUUGAUGGAAAAAUAUUCGAACUAACAGAGUUACGAGAUAACCUGGCCAAGCUCCUAGAAUGCAGCUAAAGGACCUGGGAUUUCAGUGCUGAUCCUUUUAAAGACGCGCUGACUCUUCUUCAUAGGACUACCUUGGGCUCUGCAUCAAAGUUGCACAAAAUUAGGAUAUUACUCCUCCUCGAGGAGGACCUAUUUGCAAAUUGGAAUAGGAUAUUUCAGUGUACAAUUUAGAUUUCAGCUUGUAGCUAGUUAAAAACAAAAUGAAAAACUUGAACUACAAAUUACCUCCUUGUACAUUAUUGGCCAUAGUUAACUAGAAAGCUAUUCAUAGUCAUUUGAUGCAAUCCUUUUCUGAUAUUAGCCAGUGGGAGAAUUAGCAGUGUCUGGGUCACAUCCUCCCUUUUUUUUUGUGUUGGACACAGUUGUAGAUUACCUGCUUUUAAAAUUUAUUUAUUUAAAAUAUCUAACUGCUGUGUUUUGUGCAAAAAAAAAAACAACCCAAACUUAGUGAUGAAAGCCCUGUGUUUUGGUUUUUUUGGGGUUUUUUUUUUGUUGUUGUUAAUGUUGUUGUUGUAACCUUAAUGAUUUCUCAGGAUACUUUGCACUGUUGAGAAGCAGUGUCUUUACCAAUUAAUUCUUGCCAGGAGUGAGAGAGAAAUGCAUCUUUAAUUGAAACACAGAUAAUAUAACUGCUUGUAUAAAGUUCUUCCCUUUUUUUAUACUGGAAGAUGUUUCACUCUUGUUCACUCUGGUGUUCUAUGAUACUGUCCAGUGUAUGGUUUACUUUUCCAUAUUGAUUCCAUGUAUUUAGGACAAGAUAUUGUCUCCCAUUUUAUUACACAUUUUAAAGCCAACAAAUGAAGGCAGCUGAGUCCCUCAGAAAAAAUUUCUUUUUAAAUUUCUGAUAAAUUUGACAUACUGUACUGAAAUAUAACAGCCGGCCGUCAAUGGUCUGGUCUGUCUAGCAAUGUUAAGGAUAUUUACAAAAUAUGCAGUUACAUUAAGAUGUUUUAUUUAUAUAUUUUGCAAGAAAUAUUUUCUGAAUGAUCAAUGCAUUUCAAUUUUAAGUGUAAUAGUGGCGAAUGGGGAACUAACUCUGUUUAUUAUAGCUCAUUUUAAGGAUGUAUAGCUGUUUUAAAGGGGAUACAUUUAUGUUGAACUUGCCCGACCAAGAGGACUGUUUCUCACUGCUGUGAUAAAAGCAAAUUGAGAUAGAGACAGGUUUACUCUGUCUGGGUCUUCACACCACAUUUGUAUCCAAACCACACUAGGCAAUAUUCUGAACUGUUAACUAGGUGUUUCAACACGGAAAUUGAAUUCACUAGACUAUGCUCAGUGAACAUGUUUUAAAGUUGUUUUGAUGUAAUUUUAAAAAGAUUUUUGGCAAACCUGCAUUUCUUUAUAUGAUAUAUUUAUUUUAAGAAAAUCUUUGAAAGGUAAGCCAAGCAUCAUUUUGUCUGCUUACUGAGUAGGAAUUGCAUCAAACUCCGUCCUCACUGUAAAAUACCUGUAAUGUUGGAGAGGAUUCUUUUUUAGAAUGGAUGAAUGAGUGUCUGACUUUCAAGAUCAGUCUCAAGAGGCACUGAUUUUUCACUUGCACCCCAUGUUAAUUUACAUACAAGGUUAAGAUAGUUAAGAAAUUUGUACAACAGACCGCAACUUCCACUUAACAGACAGAGUCUCUGUAUUAGAACAUUUGGGUCUGUUUAUAUUUAUGUGUGUAUGCUUCUAAUGCAUACACAUUUAAUUUAUAUAAGAAAGAACAUAAACACAAAUGGUUUAUUUAUAAAAUUACAAUUUUCUUUUAACAGGGAGUUAUCAGGUGUUUCCUGAAAACUUUCUGUCAGACCCUCAAUCAUCCUAUAUUAUAUGUGCUCAAACAUCCUGUAAGUCACCUCCAUCUAUUUUAGGCUAUUUUCUCACCUCUUAUUCUGGGGAGAACAGUUUAGCUAAACAUGCUCAGAGUUGAACUAUUUCUGUGGUAAGUCACAUGAUUCAUUUGAUUUGGCGGAUGGAAUUUAGAAGUAGAAAAUGUCGUAAUAUACAUAGUCCCCAAGGAACCAGGAGCGCUAAGCGUGUUCAUUUAAGUGGAGGUUUUGACUUGGGGAUCAGGGAAUUUAGUCAUAAAGAAAUAAAAUGAUGUAAGUUAAUGGCAUGGCAAGUGAAGUAUCAUUUUAAUGAUGUAAUAAUUAAAAUAUUUUUACAAUUUGCCAUAGGUGUCAUUUAAAUGUGGGAAAAUAGUUCACUAAAAUGUCUCCACGUGACUUGUGUUAAUAUGUGAGACAUGUGUCAUUCAAUAUAUACAUAUAAGCAUAUGUAUGUACACAGAAAAUUAUUUUUAAUAUUUUCCUACUGAAAUGAAAUUUGAAAUUGGACUUUUUUGAGAUUUUUUUCCUUGUCCCAUAGUGGAUAGUUUUUGGUUUUUUUAGAGAUUAACAAUCUAUUGAAGGCUGCACCUUUUAAAUUCCCAAAUUGUUACAAGACAUGUACAUUAUAUGGGAUAAGGUGGAUAUAAGUGCAUAUAUAAAUAAAAUUUUAUUGUUAUGAAUAUUUUAAAUGUUCAUGUACAGCAGGUCAGUAUCUGGAAAUUGACAUCUGCAAGUCAUAAUUAGGUUGUGUGCCUCCUGUAGGCCCUCCAUUUCUAUAUUAUAAAAAUGAUCAUUUACAUAUUUGAAAAACUAAUUUUUCCCAGAGAAAAGUACUAUAUAGUGUACCUAUCUUUAGAUCCAACUGUGGGGACACAGUCACAUAUGUAUUUGCCAGCAGAUAAUGUUGGGGCAGAAGAUAACCAUGGGAGUGGAUAUGGAACAACAUGGGGUGGGGGUGGGGGAACCAGAGCAAUCACAUCAUGUAUAACUUGUUAUAUGACAACUGUAGAGUCUUGUUAAAAAAAAAUUUUGGAAAAAAAAAAGAAAAACAAAAAUACAAUUUUUAUUUUGAAAUACACUUGCUGUUCUCUGGAGAAUGUACUUUUUCUCUUUAUUUUUCUUUUCUCAAAUCUUUUACAGGUAUUAAAAAAAAGUGUCUAAGUGAUGGCAGCAUUUACUUAAAAUCUUACAGGUGCUACUGGAUUUUGCAUUAGUGUGUUAUGUUGUGAAAUCCUGACUUUGACAUAAAAGGUUUUUAUAAGUAUUUCCCCGCGUGGAAAAUUAGUUUUUGGUCUCUCUCUCUCUCUCUCUCUCUCUCUCUCUCUCUCUCUCUCUCUCUCUCUCUCUCUCUCUCUCUCUCUCUCUCUGUAAAUAACAAAAUUUCCAGGAAAUUGCAUUUCUCUUGGCCCAUUAGAAGAAUUCUAGGACCCACUUAUCUUUACUGCCUUGCUGUUGUUUAACUUGCAAAAAAGGAGAUAAAAUGAUCUUGGACUUGGAGAACUUUAGAGCUCGAAGUGGCCUUAGAUACCAUGUUAGUCUAAAAGAGAAAUAUGUUUACAAGUAGACCUAAGGGCAUGGGCCCCUUAUCAAAACUAAACUACAUAUUUAAACUCAAUUUUUUAUCCAGCAAAAAUUAAAUUAUUCUUCACCAUAUGUGCUGUCGCCUUAAUGAAAUAUUGAAUGUUAGCCCUGAAAAGAACCUUAGACCUCAUCUACCCCCCUUCUUUUAUUUAUAGAUGAGGAAAUUAGAGCUCUAAGAGGCUGUACACCAAGAUCGUAGAGCUGGUGGCAGAGCUUGAGAGUAGGACAUGGCUUUCCAGCUCCUGGUCUGCCGAUGUUAAGGUGCCCAGUUGGAACAGAAUGAGCCACCUGUGGUUUGGUCUCAGUCAAAUCUAGCACAAUAUCAGGAUGUUAGGUGUUUCUCUCUCUUUUUUUUAACCUUAGCUUUAAUUAUACUUUUUUUUAAAUAGCUUCAAAUGAUUUCUAUGGAUUUAUAAGUAUUUUUGCAUCAUUGAAUCUUAACUUUGCCUCUGAGAUAACUUGACAUUGUUCCUUUAUUGUUCAUGUGGAAAACACGAUUGAAACUUUAUAGAAGAAAAUUUUUAAGGUAAGAAGCAGAGAUUGAUACAAAUGCAUUUCUUAAAGAGCUCAACUAGAAUCUGGCUUAACUGUUAUUAUUAGCAAGUUGCAUUUCUCAGAAUAAAAUGUAUAUAUGAAAUGUUAUAAAAACUAUUUUGGAAACUGUUUAUUUAAAAGUAUCGUGGUGGGGGGGUAGAGUGGGGAGGGAGUAAAUGGAUCUUUGACUCCAUUCUGUGACCCAUUUGUAGAAUUGCAAACUUAACAGGGCAUUAUCCUUUCAUUAAAUAUUAGAUUCGAUCCUAACAUUUUCUUAUGUA